GGCCCGCCUCGCAGCCUCCAUAGCCGGAGCUCCGGUCCGUCGGCGGGGAUGCGGACAGCUGCGGGCGCCCGCGGCUUGCGGCUGCUGCUGCGGCUGCUGCUGCUUUGCCCGGCGCUGAGCUUCCCGGCCGAGCAGCCCGGUUUUCAGCCACUUUCGCAUCUGUCUGCCUACGAAAUUACGGUCCCCAAGAGGAUAGAACGAGAACGGCGAGAAGCCCAGGCACAAAAUAUGGACGGGUUGUCGUUCAGUAUUGUAAUUGAAAGAAAAUCGUAUAUAAUUCAUCUACAAAGGAACAAAGAUCUGGUGUCCCAAGACUUCACAAUUUACACCUACAAUAAAAGUGGAGAUCUGCAAUCAGAAACUCCAGAUCUUCAGAAUCACUGCCACUACCAGGGAUAUGUGGAAGGAAUCUCAGAUUCUACAGUCGCCCUCAGCACCUGCUUCGGGCUCAGGGGCCUGGUGCAGAUCCAGGACACCGCCUACGGCAUUGAGCCCAUCAACUCAACUUCUCGCCACGUUGUUUACCGGAUGGAAAAUGUGAAGAAACUGCCCAGGAGCUGCGGCGUCUCUCAUCUCGAUGGAAAGUGGGAAACUGCAGAUGCUCAGCCCCACUCAGACGUUUCUCUAAUGGAGAGAAGGAAAAGAAGCGUUCUUCAACAGACGAGAUACGUGGAGCUUUUCAUCGUUGUAGACAAAGAAAGGUAUUAUUUGCUAGGCCAGAACAAAACUGCAGUCAGAGAAGAGAUGGUGCAGCUGGCAAACCUCCUGGAUAAUAUGUACCUUAUGCUGAACAUCCGCAUUGUGUUGGUUGGCCUGGAGAUCUGGACCUCUGAGAAUAAGAUCUCGAUCGAAGGAAGUGCCGGAGAUGUCCUUGCCAAAUUCGUGCAGUGGAGAGAGCAGAACCUGGUUCCCCGGCGGCGGCAUGACAGCGCCCAGCUUGUUCUGAGGAAGGAUUUUGGUGGCACAGCUGGGAUGGCUUAUGUGGGGACUGUGUGCUCCAAAAGUCACGCUGGAGGCAUUAAUGUGUUUGGACCCAACAGCGUGCAGGCAUUUGCAUCCAUUGUCGCUCAUGAACUUGGCCACAAUCUGGGCAUGAACCACGACGACGAUAGGAACUGUCGCUGUGAAACAGGCAACUGUAUUAUGAACUCUGGAGCGUCCGGUGCCAGGAAUUUCAGCACCUGCAGUGAGGAAGACUUUGAAAAGCUAACCCUGAACAAGGGCGGAAGCUGCCUUCUCAACUUCCCCAGGCCUGGUGAAACCUACAGCAUCCCGUACUGUGGCAACAAGCUUGUGGAUGCAGGAGAAGAAUGUGACUGUGGGUCAGUGGAGGAGUGUAAAUCUGAUCCCUGUUGUGAGGCAGGAACUUGCAGGCUGCGCUCAGGGUCCAGCUGCGGCUACGGAGAUUGCUGUAAAGAUUGUCAGUAUCUUUCCAAGGGCACUGUGUGCCGUGAGAGCGCCAGCGAGUGCGACCUUCCAGAGUACUGCAAUGGGUCUUCAGCCUUCUGCCCUCAGGAUGUCACGAUCCAGAACGGACACCCUUGCCACCAAGACAAGGCCUACUGCUACGAUGGAGUUUGCCAGGAUUACGAGUUGCAGUGCCAGGAUAUCUUUGGGCCACAAGCCAAGGUUGCCCCGAAAAUUUGUUUCUCGGAUGUGAACUCCAAAGGGGAUCGGUUUGGAAACUGUGGAUAUCAGAACCGUGAAUACAGGAAAUGUUCAAGCUGGAAUGCCUUGUGCGGAAAACUGCAGUGUGAGAAUGUGGAAACUUUGCCGGUCUUUCGGAUCAAGCCUGCCAUUAUCCGAACUCCCAUCAAAGACACGACCUGUUGGGGUGUGGACUUCCAGCUAGGAUCAGAUGUGCCGGAUCCCGGGAUGGUGAACGAAGGCACCAAGUGUGCACCUGGAAAGGUCUGCAAACACUACCAGUGUGUUAAUGCAUCUGUCUUAGAUUAUGACUGUGAUACAAAGAAUAAAUGCAACGGGCACGGGGUAUGCAACAGCAAUAAAAACUGCCAUUGUAAUUCAGAGUGGGCACCUCCCUACUGUGAUUCCCCCGGAUAUGGGGGCAGUAUAGACAGUGGACCUACUUACAAUGACAGGGAUGUUGCAACACGAAACUGGAUACUGGCGUUUGCAUUUAUAGUUCUUCCCAUCGUGAUAGCGGUACUCAUUCUUUAUCGUACAAGAAGUAAAAUAACUUCUUCCUGGUUGCCAUUCACGGACACCUGUUGCAGGUGCUUUCGCAGAUCGGAUAUCCAUAGGCAGCAGGCUGUUCGAACUGAAUGUCCACGCAACUUUCCAUAUUCUUCCAGAAGUGCAUCAUCGUCAGUGGUGGUGUCGUCCAUGGACCAGCAGCGUGUCCCACCAAGGCCUCCACCCCCAGUGAUGAAAACGUCAAAAGCAUCGGAUCAGAUUUUUCCCUCUCGACCAGCACCUUUGCCCCCGAUAUAAGAAAUGCCUCAUUUGCCUUUUGCAAGCCUGCAUCCCACCUUCUGAGGGCUGAGCUGCCUCCACCUUCCAUCCAGCGAUUCUUGACACUGUCUUUUCUUCCUUGGCACUGGAUUAAGAGGAAAGAAAAAAACAGUGGUGAAUACAAAAUGCAAAACUAAGGAAUGUAAACUCUUAUCAGAAUACCUCUCCGGGAACUUAAAUCGCUGAGUUCUGUCAAAAUUGCCCGUGUGUCCACGGCAUUUGGGCUGCACUGCUGGACGAUAUCAGCUUGAACUGGAACGAUGUUUUGGGAUGCAAGGGCAUCUGCCUUCUUUUUAUGAUUAGAUUUAAUCGUACGAUACUUGACACAAGCAAUUCCCCCCACCCACUUGCUAGACCCUGAGGGAUUUUUUUUUUUCAGAAAAUGAAAUAAGUCGAGGCAAGAGGGGCCUAACUGUUUUUAAGGACCAGUAAGCUGAUCAAGAAGGCCAGUCCCAUUUCACUAAAACCUUUACGGUACGGAAAAGCGUGAUUAUCAAAAAAAAAAAAAAUGUAGUUCUGUGUGAUUGGGAGAAAAAUCAGAAGUGGACAGCACUGGUUGCGGGGUGCUGUUCUUUCACCAGGACAUCCUGUGCCUUGGGGGAUAUUGUGGCUAUUCUUGAAUUUUAAAAAUUCUAAAAAUAAUGCAAGCAACGGAUAUGUAUAAAAGUGUGUGUGGCACUUUAAAUCAGAGGUCCCCAAUCUUUUGGGCAUCAGGGACCUGUUCCGUGGAGAGGGGUUUUUCCAUAGACUGGAGAGUGCAUGGAUUUGUGUGUUGCCUGCAUCUCGCGGAUGGGGCUUUACUUGUUUCUGUGGCCCGGUUGCUGGCAUGCCGCAGCUUGGUACUAGUCCACGGACCGGGGGUUGGUGACCCCUGCUUUAAAUGAUAGACAGCCUAAAAUAUGACACAAAGUUUGAGGGUUGCGUGUCAUAUGUUUGAGGGUGCAGCUGUUUCUCAAAAUUCAGAGCUAAGAGGGCAAGUUAUUUCUGUGGCUGGGAGGAUAUAUUUUGACAGCUCCACUUUUCCUACAAAGUUACACCUGUCUUCACCUGUAGUUGCAGUAAGGUAGAUUCAAGCUUCAGUCGAAGGUCUAACCCAGGAACAGAAGCAACAUUAAAUUGCUGUGCGUGGAUUGGAAUUGCUUAUUUGGAAAUCCACGAAGCUAUUCAUAUCCAAGAAAAUGUGAAGAAUGCUGGCUAUGCAAUUUUAUUCUUCUCCACCGAGAAGCCAGACCCACUAAAGUCAUUGGGACUUUUGAUUUAGUGGGUAUAUUAUUGCAAGCUUAUACAUGCAGGGCUGCCAGCUCAAGGGCUCUGACUGUUCAUCGUUCACCCUGACGUUGUUUUGUAUUGAAAAGAGAUAGAAGAAUUAGUAGGAAGACAGGAGGAGAUUAUAAAUGGAAGAUGAGCCAUCUUCCUACUCAGGUGUGUGUAUAUGUACAGGAUGUGGUCAAAAAGUCCAAAGUGCUGGCCCUGAUAUUGUGAUCAAAGGUCUUCUCCUUUGAGUGCACCUGCAAUAAAUUGGGCGGAUCUUCAGUCACAUUACAGGUAGUCCUCCUUUAGCGACCAUGCUUGGGAUCAGCAACUCAGUCAUUAAAUGAAGUAGUUGCCAGUUGAAACCGCAACUAUGUUAUGGUCUUCAUUCAGCUUUCCUUUGCUCUACAUCAGGGGGUCUUCAAACUUGGCCCUUUGAUGACUUGUGGACUUCACCUCCCAGAAUUCCUCAGCCAGGCACGUGUGCCUGGCUGAGGAAUUCUGGGAGUUGAAGUCCACAAGUCAUCAAAGGGCCAGGUUUGAAGACCCCUGCUCUACAGACCUGCAAGGAUCAUCAGUGGUUGUACUUUUUCAUCCUCUUUGUAAGUGUGCAUGAUUGCUAAAUGAGACGGUCGCUAAAUGAGGACCGCCUAUAUUAUGACGAGCAACUUGAGUUUUUUUUUUUUUACCAUGCCUUGCGGACACCCCUGCUUCUGCCAGAAUUGAGGCAGGGCAAUUGCACAACAAACCUCUGGGUUCCUCCUUCUUCCUCAAAGCUAAUACAUUGUUAGCAUGUACAUAAUUUUUAACACUGUGUGUAACUGUGAACACAUAUUAAACAGCUAAUUCUCUCUCUGCUGGCUGAUCUUACAAGUGUGUUUAAUAAAUUUUUUUAGGGAAGUUUAAUCAGUUUCAGCUAACAAGAACUAACCCAGGACAUUUGACUUAAUAACCAUGAUUGGUUCCUUGAAAUGAUGGUACAGGAAUUGCGCCUUGGUGCCCCCCCAAAAUUGGUGGAAACUUAACCAAAGGUGGCAUUUCAACUGUACACUUUUCCCCAAAGGCUUCUACAAUUUUGGCCACUACUGUAGUUCACAGUGGACUGCGGAUUCUUGCAAAUCAGUGUAUUAAAGACUGAAAUAAUGAUGAAUAAUUAUGUUGGCUUAUUCCUAAGUGGCAUUAGCUGUUCAAUAUUCAGAUAGUCCUCGACAACCACAAUUUGGGGCCAGAAUGUCCAUUGCUGAACAAGGCUGUUUUGAAGUGAAUUGUGCCAGUUUUACAACCUUUAUUGCUAUUGGUAAGCAAUCACUGCAGUUGUGAAGCAAAUCAUAUGAUAAGCGAAUCUGGCUUCCCCCCCCCCAUAGACUUUGCUUGUCAGAAGCUGGCUAGAAAGGUCCCAAAUGACAAUCACACCCAGGGAUGCUGCAACUGUUAUAAAGACGUGCUGUGGCCAAGCACCUGAAUUUUGAUUACAUGAUCGUGGGGAUGCACCAUCAGUUGUGAAUGCAAAGAUUAUUAUUUUUUUCUUUUUUUGACACGUUACUUUUUACAUAAGUUCCUGCGGUCACUAAAUGAAUGGUUGUGAGGAGUAUCUGGACUCUUGUUUGGUAAAUGUACACAUCAUUCUUGCCAAAAGAGAGUUUUUAACAGCGUUUGUAUAUAUUUAUUUGUGUUAAUAAAAUGUUUGAAUGAUUUAGUCUCAAAA